GACGGCCGAUACGAAAACUCCACAGGGCAAGAAACAAUAACUCAACUGCGUAAAGCAGUCCCAACUCAUUCAUGCUUGGCCUGAAGAGAAGUCCACACACUGGAAAUACCUAUUGUCAAGCGAUAUCCUUGCUAUUGUAUUGCUCGCAGCACCUAUUGUGUUCGUUUAUUGUGGCGAUGGGUUGGAAGGAGGAAAACCAAGCGGUCUACCAUCUCUCCAACAGAUGAAGGAAUAGUUUUGGAAGUUGCACAUCAAACACGAGCGGCACGUGUUUGAGAUUUGGAUAUAUACAUUUGGACGUUUGUGCGUCUGCCAAAAUGGCCUGGAUACUUGGCCACACGACUUGUAUCUUGACAACGUUGAUAUGGAUAGUUGAAGGGGUGGAGCUGCCGAAAUUCAUCGACUUGAAAAAACACUAUCCUGGCUAUGCGCAAUACGGAGGCCAUUAUCGAGACCAUGACAUCAUCAGAGUGACGAAAGCUCACGCAACGUCAGUGCCACACUACACAUCCGCUUUAAGACUAUCAUACGCCCUCAACAGGAUCGGAGAAGUGCACUCUAUUGGUGCAAACAGACAACAAUUGGAGCAAAAUAACUUAGAAUCUUUCACUGGAGCUCAUGGAGUAAAAUAUAUUCAGGAUCCUAUUGUGUUUGGGCCAUAUUUAGAUCUAAAAUAUAAAUCUCCAGUGGUUAUAAAGCCGGAUGGGAAGGACCGCCAGAUGAUUAUUCUCAAUUUAUACGGCCGUCAAGGCAUAGUAAGAUUAGCGACAUAUAAGUAUAAAACUGCUGAUGCACAUGUUGCAUUGUGGGACUGUGACCACUUUCAUGAGACGAGAGACUGGAGCUUAUAUCGACAUUUAAUAGCUGUGGAAUUCUGGGAGUCACCAGAUUCAUCCUGUGCCGAAUCUAAAGAAGACUUAGCCAUUCUGAAGCGGCCAUUGCGGCAUUCAAGGAAACCACAUCGUCGACGUCACAGCAAGCGAUCAUCGCCAAAACUUGCAGAUCUCCCGUCAGAGGAGUGAAGGACUCUGGGAUACAAAUAACUGAACUUUACCCAGCGGUGCAUGCCAUUCCUUUCUUCAGAGCAGGAAAUAUGUUCAAAUAAUAUCAAACAUUAUGGAAACAAAGGCAAUUUUCUUAACCUCAGAGAUUAAAAACGUGAGACAAAUUGUUUGGAUGAACGAAUCAAUGCCAGUGAUAAUUUCACACAUUAUUUGGAAAUGACCUCAAGUAUGAGCCCACCCCAUGACGUCAAACUCUACAGACUCUUCAAAUAAAAUGUCAUAUAUAGCCUGAUCGGUGUUAUUUUUUGGGGUUAGUUCAAAUAGCUGAAUGUAGGCAUAGCAUAUUCUUUAAAGGCAGCUUUAAAUGCACAAGCUGUAUACGCACAAAGUGUAUUGGUUUACAUACGGUAAACACUGGUUUACAUAUGGUAAACACUGGUUUACAUACACUGUUAACUGUAACCGCCAAAUUUUCGUGCGGGUCUUGUUUUCAAGUAUUUCUGAAAAAAAAAUUUCUUUACAAUUUUUAUUUUUCAAAAAUUUUUUUUUGGCUGACUACCUGAUUUCAAAAAUUGCUGUGAAAAAAAAAUUUCUUCACAAUUUUUAUUUCGUAAAUUUUGCAAUUUGCGAAGAUUUCUGAAAAAAAAAAUUUUUUUUUACAAUUUUCAUUUUCAAGAAUUGAGAUUAUUUCGCAGCCAUUUAAAAUAAAAACUGUGAAGAAAUUUGUUUUUUCAGAAAUUUUUGCCAAUUGCAAAAUUAACGAAAUUCCCAUCGCGAGUACAAUUUAACGCCAACCAACACAAACCAGUCUAGAGAUGUCGAUUUAUGAACAAUUUUGACGGUCCAUUAUAGGUAUGAGUAUGGUAUUUAUGAGUACAUGAUGUUCACGGCUGUGUUUCCAUCACACAUGAUUUCAACUACAUGGACUUGGCACACUAGUAAAAUAUCCCAAGUGCCCUUGUCAAAUUGUCAAGACUGGUGGAGUAUCACCGUUGUUCAAACUCAGAAUAUCAAAUAAGUUUAAUGCACAAUUGGUGAACGUAUCAUAUGGCUAAAUCGAGACAUUGGUAAAAAACUUGUUUCAAAUAAUAAUAAAGUAGCGCUUGUCAGGGUGACACUUGUUUUCAUAAGGCUAAUCCCCCAUGCAACACUUUUCUGAUACAUUGAUGAUUGUCAACUUAUUGUGGCCCAACAGAACUGGUCUUCUAAAAGUCUAAUCACUGACCUUAUCAUGAUUUUCUAAUUCAUAAUAACUGUGAGAAACUGACCAAAUGGUGCCAAAUUAUCACUUACUUAGAAUGUCUGUAUGCCCAAAUCAUUUUGAAAGGUACAUGUAAUUGAAACUGGAAAGACUUUCUUUAAAAAUCGAUUGAACACCAUCAUUUCAGAGGUGAAGGAUUAGUACAGUUUUUGUGCAGUGUGGGAAUGGGUAUAAUGUAAUACUAAGCUGAGGAGUACAGAUCUGAACAUUGUACAUAAAUAUGAAGAUAUUUGCAUGUUUUUUGUAUGUUGUAACUUUAUCAAAGAUGGUUACUCUGAAUUGUAAGUUGGAGUGACCACAUAACAGGAGCAGAUUCAGAGAGGCGAGGGGGGGGGCAGAAAGAUACAACCAUUCACCUUUUUGGAAUGCCCGACUCAUCUUUUUCGGUUAUCUGGAUCUGUGAAAAGUCUACUUGGAUCUUAUGAAGAUUUAUUAACAUUAUUUCGAUUAAAAUAAAGUAUAUUAUACCUAUUUAUUUAAGAAAAUUGUAAAAAUGAUUGGGUGAACCCAACUACACCAUAAUGUGUUCACUGUAGGGAAAUGAAGAGAAACAUUAGAAAACAGGCCAUAACUUUAGUUACAUUUUCCAUGGCCAGGUGGCAGUAGUAUCAAGACUGAUGAGAUUUUUAUAUGAUUUAAGUGUACAAUGCUUUAUAGUAACUUGCUUGUAUGUAGUCAAUAUGUAAAUAAAUAUAUGUGUCAUUCAA